AUGACACUGAAAACUUUUUAUGACGUAAGACAACUUUCCACAAGAUCAAAAAUUCAAACAAUUCUUGUUUCAACAGAGAAGGAAAAUUCCUGGUCCUUUUUGUACCGUGUUUUCAUAUUAGACGGGUCUAACAACGAAGAACAACUUCUAAUGAACUCGAUGACGUUCAAAGUAAUUCACCUGUCAUUUGCCUUGUUUUUAAUCAUGGACACAACGAUUAAAGCUCUCCUAGUUUUCGAACGAACAAUUGCAACUGGUAAAGUGGAAACUUAUGAGACCGAGAAGUCUAAAAAGUCCUGUUGGAUUUACAUUGCAAUCAUUAAUCUGUUUCCAGUAUCUGUAGUCUAUGCUACAUAUCCGAAUGCAGAAUUUUCCCAAUCGGCUUGUUUUGCAUUAUUUGCACCAAGGAAUACAGAAAUUUGGAUAAAUAUGUUGUAUUUGGCUACUUUCUUAUUUGCCCUUCUAAGUUUUAUAACGUUGAGAUUUUUGAUAUUAUUGAAUAACAAGAAAUUGAAGUUCCACAACUUCAAACUCAGCACUCGAUACCAAAUCCGUGAAAAUCUAACUUUCACAUAUCUAAUGUCUUCUGUCCUUCUAACUGGCCUAGCCGUCGUUAUAUUUUAUGGAUUGGCAAUGAUCAUUUUGAGAACUUCUUAA